UGAUUAUAAAUAAAUUAAUAAAGAGAUGGAAGCAUCGGAAACAUUAACCCAGCUUCCUUUAGAUUUUAGCGUGACAAUGAUGAAUAUAAAAAUAAAAAAUGAAAUGAAUAACAACACGAGUAUGUUUCUUUCACAAAAUAAUCAACAAUCUUCAAGUGCUUUUAAAGUAGUUACGCCACGCGGAAAAUCCGACGGUUCAUCAAAUGGGAUUCCGCCGCUUCUCUUUAAUGCAGGUCUAGUUAGUCAUUAUCGUCGUUAUCUCAAUCCCGUUGAUCCGCGAAUGUUCGUAUCAAAUGGCAGUAUUCAGGAAAAUAAUAAAUCAAGUUGUAAAGAUGAAAUAAAAUUUGGCGUGAACCGUUUAGUUGAAAAGCCAGAAUCGGAGGAUGAAGAAAGCGGAAUAUAUCAAGCAAAGUCAUUGAUUACAUGUGAUUCACCAUCAAAUUUAAGUGUGACUAGAACAAAGUCACGAUCGAGGUCAAGAAGUCAUAGUCGAUCAAGGUCAAAUUCUUCAUCAUCGGAGUUAGAAGUUGACUCCCCCCCCCCGCCUCGGAUAACAAUAUCACCAAUUACAGAUAUUCAACAUACGAAAAAGUCAGAAUCAUUCUCAGUGUCAGCACUUUUACGAGAUGAUCAACCAAAAACUUCAAAAUCACCAGCAUCGAGUAAUAAUUCAUUUGAGAACAUAAGACCAUCGUAUCCACAAAUUUAUGAUCAGAACGUUUUGUCGAGGCCUUUAUUUCAUCCAUUUCCACUGUUUGCAAUGUUGCAACAAGGUCAACAACAACAAAAUACGACACUCUCUAGUUAUCAUCCGCCAUCGCCCGAGGACAUUUUAAGAUUUCGUCAUUUAAUGCAACAAAAUAACAAUUCAAAUCAACCGACAAACGGACAUUUGGGGUUCAACCAUCCCCAUUAUCCACAUCAUCAUCUAUUCAUGCGUCCAAGCAUCAUGGGACCAAUUGGCGAUGUAUAUUCGUGUAUCAAAUGUGAGAAGAUGUUCAGUACACCACACGGACUAGAAGUACAUGCAAGACGAUCACAUAAUGGGAAGCGACCGUUUGCCUGUGAGCUUUGUAAUAAAACCUUUGGUCAUGAAAUCAGCUUAAGUCAACAUAGAGCUGUGCAUAACGUUGAGAAAGUUUUCGAAUGCAAGCAAUGUGGAAAGGCUUUCAAAAGGUCAAGCACGCUCUCAACACACCUUUUAAUUCACAGUGAUACUCGACCAUAUCCUUGUCAGUUUUGUGGAAAACGUUUUCAUCAAAAGAGUGACAUGAAAAAGCAUACGUAUAUACAUACUGGAGAAAAACCUCACAAAUGUACCGUCUGUGGAAAAUCCUUUUCCCAGUCAUCAAACUUAAUCACACAUAGUCGCAAGCACACAGAUCUACCCAUAGGUUUUAAACCAUUCGCUUGUGAAUUGUGCCAUAAAGCUUUUCAACGAAAGGUCGAUUUACGGCGACAUAAAGAAACGCAACAUACAGAUCUUCGGCCGAUGGUUAAUUAAUUUUAAAUUUGUUCAACAAACUUCAUUCCUUUAUAAAUAAACCAAAAAGAAAACUUUCAAUUCCAUUACUAAAAAAAGAAAA